AUGGAAAAUCAGCGCCGUGACGACUCGCCAUCGGGUCUGUCAGAUAUCGUCGAGGGCGACGGCCUUUUGGGCACCGGUCUUACGACUCGUCACAUCGAAGCAUUCGGUCGGAAAGUCACUACAACGGCUGGACACUUGAUGGGACCAGGCGAACAAAGCGACACUCACUUUCACAAUGCCAUGACCGACAUCCACCGCGAGCUCCGGCGACCGGCCGCGCAGCGCAAAGUGUUCUCGCUGACACAAACCACGCCGACCGACCUCGUCCGAUCCAAGCUUUCGACCACCGAAAUCCAAUCCCGUGCUCUUUCCUCGGUCCCCGAUGAUCUUCUCGCCAAUAUCCCCGAAGACAGCAGCUCCUACUCCCUGUUUGAGGGCUUCCAAGCCUCAGUGCCAGAGGAAGAACAUAAAAAGCGACACCGACGGCGCAGCUCCAAGGGCAAAUACCUUAAAGAUGUCGAGAGGGGCGGAUCAUUGGCUGCCGGUCCGGCUGGGCUCAAGGACCAGCGCAAAUCGCUCAGUCGCAAACUGGAGUUGAUGGGAAUCCGAAAGAACAUGUGUAGCGCGGAAAUCCACGAGAUUGACAACAAAGUUGCCAACUUGCACAAGAUCCGAAAAAUCGUUCUGGAUAGGCUUGCUGGGUUAGAAAUGGACGAGGCGGGGCUAGAAAACGAACUUACUGAACUUGAUAACAAGUUGGAGGAGUUCCCAGAGGAGGAAUCCUCGGAUACACCUGUUGCGACUGAGACGUCACAGUCAGAAAGCCAGGAUGAGCGUCCUGGGUCGUCAGACGAUCCAGCGAUGGAUGCCUCAUUCAUGUCUGAGUCCAUAUACGAAAAGCUACCCACACCAUCACCAAAAAGCUUACGGCAUCGAUCGAACAGGAAACGAUCAAUGCCCAUUCUACAUGAACACUUCGAACCGGGAUCUUUAAUCAAAGAAAUAGAAGCCCACACAGACAUGAUUACCGCCAUCGACUUCGACUAUCCAUUCGGCACCAUGGUCAGCGCCGCGCUAGAUGACACCGUACGUGUUUGGGACAUGAAUGUCGGCAGAUGCUCUGGUUUCUUGGAAGGACACCAUGCCUCUGUUCGAUGCUUGCAGGUCGAGGAUAAUAUAGUGGCAACAGGGUCUAUGGACGCAUCAGUGAAACUCUGGGAUCUGAGCCGUGCUCGGCCCACAACGCGUGAUGGACGUCUCAACAAACACGAGCGUGACCAAGAAGAUGGAGAGCAUCAGCCUAAGAUGCCAGUUCCACCCUCUUCCAACCUCGAAGAUUGUAAUGUCUUCUCAUUAGAGGCGCACGUUGACGAGGUAACGGCUCUCCAUUUCAAGGGUGAUACUCUCAUCUCAGGUUCUGCCGACAAGACUCUUAGACAAUGGGAUCUGGUGAAGGGCCGAUGUGUACAAACACUGGAUGUUCUAUGGGCUUCCGCCCAAGCUUCAUCAUCUAUGGCCGGAGAGUCUGACUGGAGGCCAUCGGGUCGCAUGCCCGAUGCCUCCGCCGACUUUGUUGGUGCCGUGCAGUGUUUUGACGCGGCUUUGGCUUGUGGUACAGCUGAUGGCAUGGUUCGCCUGUGGGAUUUGCGCAGUGGUCAUGUUCACCGGAGUCUCGUUGGACACACGGGGCCAGUAACGUGUCUUCAAUUUAAUGAUAUGCAUCUGGUCACUGGCAGUCUAGACCGCAGCAUUCGGAUUUGGGAUCUGCGCAUGGGCUCUAUUUACGACGCGUAUGCCUACGACAAACCCGUCACCAGCAUGAUGUUUGAUGCCAAGCGCAUUGUUGCUGCUGCUGGAGAGAACGUUGUCAAGGUCUACGACAAGGCCGACGGGAACCACUGGGACUGUGGCCCUGGAGUCGGGGUCGACGAUGAAGGACCAUUCCCUGCGACCGUUGAGCGGGUUCGUCUUAAGGAUGGUUAUCUCGUGGAAGGCCGCAAGGAUGGCACCAUGGCUGCUUGGACAUGUUAG